UAUCCUUUUUCUCUCUGUUUCUUUAAAUAUUUUGCAAAUUUUUUUUUAUCAAUUUUAACAAGCCAGUCCACUAACAUAUUAAUAUAAUAAUGGGUGAAGUGGAUGAUUUUGAUCCAUUAUAUCAGCUAUUAAAAGAAGUACAAUUGGAACAUUUUUAUCAGGCCAUCAAAUCAAUUGAUGUGACAAAAGUGGAACAUUUUGACAAUGUUGUAUUUGAUGAUCUAAUCAAUGUACGUGUUGGUAUGGGUGCACCAGCAGCCAGACGUCUAUUGGAAGCGGCAAAAAAACGUAAUAAUAAUAAUAAUAAAUGGAAAAAGAAUCUAUUCCAGAUAAUAUUACCUAAUGCUAAGUUAAAAGAUCAUUUAAAUCACAAUAAUAAUAUCGAACGUUUAAAGACAUUUAAUAAUAAUGUUGAUAGCUCAGUGGAUGAUGAUGAUACAAAGAAUUUUGAUCAAGAAAAUCGUGACAAUAGCGGCCUAACAUGUUUAAUAUCAAGUAAAGAUAUAAAAUUAUUGGAUAAAAUUGGUGAUGGAUCAUUCGGUGUUGUAAUGCGUGCACAAUGGACAAGAACAACGAAUCAAGAGAAUCAUAUGAAUACCAUGAAUAAAACGACAAAAUAUGUGGCCGUUAAAGUACUUAAACAACAGGAAAUCCUAUCACGAGCACUCGAAGAUUUUACUAAAGAAGUGAAUGCAAUGCAUCAGUUAAAACAUGAAAAUCUUAUCCGACUAUAUGGUAUCGUUUUGUCUACACCGAUGAUGAUGGUUACUGAAUUAGCUGAACAAGGAUCGCUGCGUACGAAAUUGAUUCGAACACAGGGAAAAAUUCCACUUAGUAUACUAGUCAAUUAUUCCAUACAAAUUGGUAAAGGUAUGGAUUAUCUGGAAACUAAACGUCUUAUACAUCGUGAUCUAGCCACACGUAAUAUAUUCAUUACUCUAAAUGAUAUCAUAAAAAUUGGAGAUUUUGGCCUUAUGAGAGCCGUACCAUUUGACGAAGAUUAUUAUACAAUGAGCGAUAAUAUGAAAGUACCUUUUCCAUGGUGUGCACUUGAAUCAUUAAAAUAUCGACAAUUUUCCCAUUCAAGUGAUACAUGGAUGUAUGGUGUAACAUUAUGGGAAAUAUUUUCAUUCGGUCAAGAACCAUGGGCCGGUUUGAAUGGAUCACAAAUCAUACGAAAAUUGGAACAAAAUGAGCGAUUACCACCACCGGAUUCAUGUUCACAGCGAAUUUAUCAGGUAAUGAUGCUAUGUUGGAAUCAUGAACCAAAAGAACGACCAACAUUCACUGCAAUCGUCAGAUUUUUCAAAAUGGAACAACCGUUCAAAUUGAAAGCAUUACAAGAAUUCGACGGGAAUUCAAAAUCAACAUUUGAUUCGACAAAAAAAACAAUGUUAAAACUAUAUCGUGGUGAUGAAAUUGAAAUUAUCGAGGGAAAUCCUGAAAAUUAUUGGUGGAAGGGACAGAAUCAACGUACGUUUGAAAUUGGCUAUUUUCCACGUUCAGCGGCGAAAGAUAUGCGAUCAUUAAAAACGAAUGAUAUAAGUAAACCAUUGAAAAAUAGUUUCAUCCAUACUGGACAUAUGGAUCCAACGGGUAAAAAAUCAUGGGGCAAUCCAGAAUUUAUCGAAAAAAUGUAUCUGGAAAAUCCGAUUGAACCACAAGAUUUAAUUGGAUUCGAAUCAUCACCAAGUGAUGAAACAAUUGCAGCGGUUAUUCUCGAAACUCGUAAUGGACGAAAAAACCUUGAUAAAUUGAUAAAGGAAGGAAAAAUUGAAAAAAUUUCCAAUUUAAAUGAUUUAGAUGUUUCGAACAACCUGAAUCAUAAUGAUGAUAAUCAUAAUGAACAGAAAGAAGGCGUUUUAAUUGAUUUUGAAAAUGAUGUUAAUCAUGUUUUAACUUCGGCAGCUACAAUGAUGAAUAUAGUUAAUGAAAAUAACAAUAAUCGACCACCUACAUCGAUCAACAAUGAAUUGGCUGAAAUUAAAUUCAAUACACAGGAAAUUCUUGGUUUAUAUAACCAAAAGCCACCACCACCACCAUUACCACUUUUGAAGAAUCAACUCGAUAAUAAUAAUAGGAUUAAUUUAUCAUCGGAAGAUGAUUCAGAUUUACUUACUAUGUCAAUAUGUGAACCAUUGGAACAACAGAAACAAGAACAACAACGAGAAGAAUCGCCCAUGAAUGGAUCAAUUUUAGAUUUAAAUAACAAGAAUAAUUUAUAUUCAAAAUAUUAUAUGCCACCAUUUGAUGCUAAUAAUGGUCAAUUAUCUCAACAACAACAACAGCAACCAUAUUCAAAAACAAGAUACUAUUCAGCUGUUUGUACGACAACCGGAAUAUGUGAAUGUAAUAAUUCUACAAUACCGAAUCAAAAUCUGACUAUUGAUCCACCAACCACCAAUAAACCCAGCUGUCAAUGUUGUCAAUUUGAUCUAUCAUGUGGCCCUUGUUUGCCUAUAUCUAGCCAAUUUACACCAAGUGUAUCGAUGAACUUCAUAACGCCACAACAAUCAAAUUGCAUGAUAGCCACCAAUGAUCUUCAACAACGUAGUACAACAAAUAAUAUUAGCAGCAGUUUUUAUAAUAGCCAUACCUUAGCUUGUACUGAUGAAACAACAUUAGCACCUCUGUCGCCACCACCACCACCUCUUCCAUCAACAAAUACGACAAAAUCAACAUUUCAAACAAAAAUAUGUAAAGAUUUUAUUGAUGAAUUGGAGGCAAAUUUUUCUAGAACAAAAGUUGAACAUUCAGAUUCAACGGCGGCUGCCACUUCCGGAUCGACGAUAGUAUAUCCGACCAUAAAUCCACCACCAAAAUCGUAUAAAACACGACGACCAGCACCACCACCUCCUGUACAGAAGAAAAUCUAAUUGAGAUGAUCUGAAUUUAUCAAUCGGCAAUAAUUUUCGACCAACUGCAAUCAUAUCGUUGUAAUAUUUUUUUUUUUUUUAUUCCACUAAUGUUCGCAAUAAUUUCUGUAGUAAUUUAUAUUUCUUAAUUUACUCAUUGAAUUUUUUCUCUUUUCAUAAUUAUCACUUUAUAAGUUUUUUCAACUAUUCAUCAUCAUCAUCAUCAGUAUUAUUAAGAUGCUUGUUAUUAUUAAAAUGCCAAAAUUUUAAAAAAAA